GUAUUUGAUGCUGGUGACUACUUUGGGAUAAUGCAAGUAGAAGAGGUGGAUGAAGAAGAAGGUGAUGAAGAAAUGGAAGAAUUAAAAAAGAAACCAAAUCCUGGAAAUGAACCUUGUUUCAAAGUUAUCAUAACAAAUGAGAAUGGGCUUCAAGCGUCCAAUCCCAAUAGCAUUUUCCUCAUUGACCACGCCUGGACGUACCGUGUUGAACAUGCCCGCCAGCAGCUGCUUCACGUACCUGGCUUACUGCACAGAAUGACAAAUCUCAUGGGAAUCGAUUUUCAUGGGGAGAUCCCAGAUGAGGGCAGUAUUGAGCAAGUGUUGCAGGAAAUGUGGAAGUACAACCAGACCUACCAGCUUUCUCAAGGGACUGCGGAGGAGAAGGUUCCUGUCUGGUACAUUAUGGAUGAAUUUGGAUCACGCAUUCAGCAUUCAGAUCAGCCUAGUUUUGCAACAGCACCUCUGUUUUAUAUGCCUCAACAAAUUGCUUACACUGUUCUCUGGCCUUUGAGAGACCUUGAAACUGGUGAUGAAGUGACUCGUGAUUAUGCUUAUGGGGAAACAGAUCGUUUGAUCAGGCAGUGUAUUUUGUUACCAUGGGUGCCUACUGAAGUAUUGGAUGUCAACUGUUUUACACCAGAGCCAUCAGAUGAGCAUUACCAGGUAUAAUUUUAACA